UUAACGCUUUUCUAUGUCCUAAUCUCGAGAAGCUAAUUGUCAAAAAUUGUGGAUACUGGAAUUGUAACUUGUAACCCUUCAGAACGAAAAAUCAGAAACGUCGAGUCGUUAUGCAAUAUGCUUCAAAAGAGAUGCCAUGCACUCGGCCGGGUUGGGACGAUCGAAUGCUACUCGGCAUACUAUCCUUCAAGUUUCGACGGAGAGCCCGUCUAUACUCCUGAAAACCGAUUCUACGAUAUUCCGUUCGUCGACAUUGGUUGCGCGGGGAUGCGAGAGACCCUCGCGAACCAAGCCCGGUUGGACAUUCGAUUCGAGAAGCUGCUUGCUAUUGAGGUUUAGCCUGUGUGUAAAUAAAAACUGCUUAUUCCUCUCCGUAGGUAGUCUGCCUCUCCAAU